UUCAAUCGAACAGUUGUGUCCGUCCGUCCUGCUUUUGUUUUGCUCCCAGACAACAUGGGAAAGGUUAUCAGCAACUGUUGGGGAAUUCCCAUGGCUAUAUGUGUGAUACUUAUAAUUCAACAAGCUGCUAAAGUUGAUUCGUCAACCUGUGGAGUGCGCCGCCUUUCAGCGAUAGGACUAGUGACGAAAGGUAUUGCAGUCGAACCGGGUGAUUGGCCGUGGCAUGUGGCCCUGUUUGCCCGCGGAAUGACAGCUAAGCCCGAGUACAAAUGCGGUGGAUCGAUUAUCAGCGCAAACUUCAUCUUAUCUGCCGCUCACUGUAUAGAGAAACCGAACCCAGAAAAAUAUUUCCUGAAAGCGGGCUUGUACCAUCUUUACAACGACACUGACCCUAACGUGGUAAUUUACAACCUGUUCGAGAUCAUCCUACACCCAAAGUACGAUAGUCGCAAGUUCUACAACGAUAUCGCACUGAUGCGACCCGAUCGUGUAAUCUCGUUCACCGCAUCCUUCAUCUUUCCGAUCUGUCUGUGGCCGUCGUACAAUCCAACGCUAAUCAAUGUCCUUAGCCAGUCGGGUAUUGCUGUUGGGUUUGGCUUUGAUGAUAACCACCGCGUCAGUGAAACGCUUCAGAAGGCGGCAAUGAAGGUGAUUGAAAAGCAGAAAUGCAUUGAACAGCUACCGGAGCAUGUUCGCUUUCUGGCACAGGAUUCGGGUAAAAUGUGUGCGAUCGGGUCAGAAACGGGUGCCAACGUGUGUUCCGGUGACAGUGGUGGUGGAUUAUUCUUUGCCAAAGAUAAAAUAUGGUAUUUGCGUGGAAUUGUAAGUGCCGCCGCCCGAAUGGAUCUGGAUAAUGGGGAGUCAUCGUGCAAUGCGGCACUGCCAGCUACCUACACCGAUGUUGCUAAGUAUUCGGACUGGAUCAAUGCUCACCAGCGUGUGGUUGAUCAAAGGAAUCUGCUAAAGCUGGAAGAUUGUGGAAUGGCAAGAAACUCGGAAAUGGAGGAUGAGAUGCAGAAGCCCAUAUUCAAUCAAUACCCAUGGAAUGUUUUGCUGGAAUUUCGCCAGCUAGAUAAGUCGCAGAUUCAUUUGGUGUGCAGCGGUGUGCUCGUACAUCCACGAUAUGUACUCACCGUAGGCCAUUGUAUAGAUGGAAUAUUUAGUAACUACAAUCUGAAAUCUGUUCGUCUUGGAGAGUACAACAUACGCACAGCGGAAGAUUCCACUUCAGAUGAACCAAGCAUAACGACCACGUCCCAAUCAGUUGACAUCGAACAAGUGUUGUUGCAUCCGCGGUACAAUCGACCCCUCUACACGAACAAUUUGGCCCUGUUGAAGCUGAAACAUAACGCUGACAUUGCGAAACCAAACAUUAAACCAAUAUGCCUUCCAAGCAUUGACGACUACAAGGAGUCUAGUCUAACGUUAAGCGGCUGGAAGCGUAACAAAUACCUCUUUCCGAAGCUGGAACGUGAUGCAAUGAAUCUAUCAUCGGUAGCUACCUGUCUCGAUGCGUACAAAAGGCUCGGUGUACAUAUUCCAUCAUCGGAAGAUGUGCUGUGCGCCGUCUAUAAAGCUCGUCCGAAGGGUCACUGUCACAACUAUGCUACGGGAUCUCCCCUGCAGUACAUCAAGCGAGUGGACAAGGUGCCACGUUACUUCCUGGCGGGGAUGAUGGUGUUUAACUACCCGUACUGCCAGGCGGAGGGCAGUGAAAUGUUUGUGAACCUUGACACGGCAAGCGAGUGGAUAAAGGAUAUGGUAAAAUAGGUAGAAGAUGCUGCAGCUGAGGUUUUGAUUUAAGGAAUUUUAUGUAUCUGGCGUAACGUUAAAAUCAUAAUUGGUUAAUAAAAGUAGAGAUUGGAAACGUAUUCAUUACAUGUUUGAAUUAAAAAUGGUUACUGACAAUAAAUACAUAAAGUAAAUGGGUCAUCAAGAAGCUUGAUGGAAUUAGUACUUUCCACAACAAUAC